UUUUACCGUCAGAUGUCCGCAAAGUGAUUGUUGGUGAAGAAGAGCAGCAACAGUGGAGCCCCCUCCUGGACUCAGAGCACACACACAUCAAAGAGGAGCAGGAGGAAGCCUGGAGCAGCCAGGACGCAGAUCAGCUUCGACGUCCGCAGGAGGCCUGUGUCACCAUAUUAACAUUCAGUCCCGUGAAAAAUGAAGAAGAUGCUGAGGAGAAACCAGAGUCCUCUCAGCUUCAUCGCCAUCAGACUGGAAUGAAAAAAGAAGCCAGGAACUCAGACCCAGAAAGCCAUUCAGAGCCAGGAACUGACAAAGCUUCAGACUCUUCUGAGACCGAGGUGAGCGACGGUGACUGGGAGCAGAACAAGGAACCUCAGUCAGGCCAAAAAUGCCUGAAAAACCACAACUUCACUCUUAUCGACAUUAACUGUAACAUUGAGCGAUCGUUCAGCUGUUCCGAAUGUGGUCAGAGGUUCGGCAGAAAGCCACACCUCAAAGCACACAUGAGAAUUCACACGGGAGAGAAACCCUUUAGUUGCUCUUUUUGUGGCAAAACAUUUUCUCAGAAAGGAAACUCCAUCAGCCACAUGAGACUUCACACAGGAGAGAAACCUUUCAGCUGCUCCAUCUGUAAGAAAAGUUUCAGGUACAGUGGUGACGUGAGCAGGCACAUGAAAAUCCACACAGGACUGAAAAAAGGCUGCAGCAAGGUUAGCGACAUGGUCAGCAGUGGCAUUCAUGUGAGGUCAAGACCUGGCGGGAGCUUACAUCCAGACACAUCCUUACAACCAGGAAGUGAUGUUAAAGCCCCAGAACCUGAGACUGAAGCCAACCACGAAACUUUGAAGGAACCCGGAGAAUCUCUGCCCCAUUUAAACUCUCUGAGCAGUGACGCUGUCUCUCUGAGUGAGAUAAGAAGUACUGAUAAGGAGGCGUUUAGCUGCUCUGAGUGUGGACGGACAUUCUGCCGUAGAGACCACCUGAUCAGCCACAUGAGAACACACACUGGAGAGAAACCAUUCAGCUGCUCAGUCUGUGAGAAACGUUUCAGCUGUAGCGGGAACAUCUUGGCACACAUGAGAAUCCACACAGGAGAGAAACCGUUUGAAUGUUCGUUCUGCGGGAAGAGUUUUAGCCAGAAAGGAACACUGCAGCUUCACAGGCCCCCAGACCACAAGAGCCCAAAGAGGGCCACUGGAGGGGCAGCUGUGCCACCCUCCUUGAAAGAGCCGAGGAGAGCCCCAGACGAGGGGUCCCCCAGCAGCCACAGUGCAGAAGCCACAGGAGGCUGCGGUGACGUGUGGAGUGUGGUGAGGGGAGAUGGGCCCCACACCUGGGGGGGCCUGAGAUGUCCAGGUACCAUCGUGCCCCGAGGGGCAUCCGCCCCUACACCCAGGAGAUGUUACCCUUUUCCAAGGGGUGGAGACAAGAAGACCGUCCCCGGUCCCACAGCAGCAUCCCAGACCCCGACCAGAUGGCCAACUCCUCCUCUCAACCUCCUGCCCCCAACAGCGAACAGAGAACGGGGGCGAGAUGAUUGCUAUACCUGUUUGGACUACAGAGAUCCCUUCAUGUGA